UACAACACUGCUCUUAUUACCUGUCACCUCAACUCAACACUAUUUUACAUUUGUUUUUAAUUUUAGUUUUUCGUAUUUCCUUGUGCGAAAAGUGUUGUGUUUCUAAUUUUUUAUAGAAAAUCGUCAGAAAUAAAGUGAUCUGUGUCAGUGCUGAAAAGACGGUGAAAUAAAUUACAAGACAUUUAAGACAAUGGAAUACAAAUUAAUGUCCGAUGAUUUGAACUCUUUGAGAGAAAGGGUGUUUUUCGCUGCGAGGGAAGGAAUGUCUUUAACCCUUUACGCAUUAUUAUAUGAGAAAAGUACAGACGAAAUAGACGAUUUACUAAAUAGUGAUGUAUGCUGUGAUGGUGUAAAAUGUACCCCACUGAUAGCCGCAGCCAGGCACGGCCGAGAGGGAUCAGUGAGGAUACUUCUGGAGAAGUUCCGUCCCCCUGUCAGACUGGAGACAGAAGGCACUGUCAAAUUUGAUGAAUAUGUUAUAGAAGGUGCGACAGCACUAUGGUGCGCUGCCGGCGCCGGUCACCUGGGAAUCGUCAAGCGAUUGGUCCGCGGCGGCGCUAACGUCAACCACGCCACAAAGACACUAUCAACACCCCUCAGAGCCGCUUGCUUUGACGGCAGACUGGAUAUUGUCAAAUAUUUGGUCAGGCACGGAGCGGACAUACACAAGGCGAAUAAGUAUAAUAACACGUGUUUGAUGAUCGCCGCGUAUAAAGGACAUUUGGAUGUGGUACAGUUCCUACUAGAUUGCGGCGCAAGGGUGGACGAGCGGGCGCUAUGUGGCGCAACUGCGUUACAUUUCGCCGCGGAGUGCGGACAUGCGACUGUGGUGAUGGCUCUCAUUGAGCACAAUGCUAAGAUACUCACUAACGAGAAUGGCAUGACGCCAUUGCAAUGUGCAGCGGAAAGAGCUCGGGCGUCAGUGGUGGAAAUAUUAGCAUCAAGGCCCGAAGUGACCAGGGCACAGGCUAUAGAGGCGUACGAGUUAUUGGGGGCGUCUUUCGCUAACGAUAAGGAAUAUUAUUGCUUAAGGAUGGCGUAUCAAUACUUACACAGAGCAAUGGCGAUGCGUUACGACACACGAUACGGUCUGAUGCUGAAGAAGCCCGCUGAGCCCAUACCAGCGUAUGACAGUUGGAAGGAGAGCACUACUUUAGAGGAAGUGGAACGUCUCCAUGGCAACGCCCACGGCCUGCACAUGGAGGGGCUCACGGUGCGGGAGCGAGUGCUGGGCAGGGCUUGUCCAGACCUGCCGCAUCCGGUGGUGUUCAGAGGAGCCGUGUUCGCUGAUGAAGCAAGGUUCGACCGAUGUUUGGCGUUGUGGCGGCAUGCGUUAGCGUUGCGGCAAAGCAAUGAGGUGUCUGUAGUGAAAGAUCUGCUGAGAUUUGCUCAAGUGUUUUCACAAAUGAUUCACAUCGGAAUAGAACUGCCACUAGUGCAGGUGUGUUACGUAUUAGAAUCGUGCGCAGAAGAACUGAGAAGAGGGACCAAAAGGAUGGAGAAACCUCAGGCCAACCACGACCCGGACGCCUUGAUAACUUUGGUCCGCGGCAUGUUGUUGCAGGAGGAAUACGAGAGCAACGUGCGCACUGCGCUCUAUCUGGUCGCCGUCGCCGCCAGGCUGCUGGAGAACGACGGGAACAGUGAGGAAACAUGUAGGUCAGUUCGCCGCGCGGUGUUCAGACUGAGAAAUGUAAGGCUGCGUUCAGGACAGACGAUAUUACAUCUAGCAGUCAAUAGGCAAACUCCAGUUGACGACUUCCACACGAGCGAUGUUUGUCAGUUCCCAUGCGUUCGGACCACGAGGCUACUAAUAGAAUGCGGGUUGGAAGUGGACGCCUGGGACGAGAACAGAAGGACGCCACUCAUAAUAGCUUUAGUAUCCUGUUUUCAUUAUAAUUCUGACGAAGUGGAGCCGUGGAAGGAAGCGUUAUGCGGAGUAGUAUGUGAGCUGCUAUCGAAUGGCGCGCACGCGGACGCGGUCGAUUCUGAAGGGGUCACGCCUUUGUUGUUCUCGUGUGGAACUCCAGCAGAAAGCAUCGUCCAUUCAGCGUACCGACCUCGACUGACUUGUAUAGCAGCGCUUGCUUUGGCUCGACACGGGGCCAAAUAUCACCCUGACCAGGUACCGCGAGAUCUCCACACUUUCCUAACGAUGCACGGCGUCACAGCAAUGCAAUAGAAAAAGCGAUUUUAUUAUCUAAGUUGUAAGUUUAAUAUAUCAGACUUAUUAAAUUGCCGCCGAUUCAGAUUCUGAGACUACUUGCCAUGGCAAAAUCAACUCUAUUGAUAUAUAUUAUGGUCGUAACUUCAACUAGUAUUGCGUACAUAAAAUAUGCCUAAUAUAUUUUGACGGAACGAAAUAAGGUUCAAAUUUGACUGCAUGUUUUCUGGCAGCUAUUUGUAAUGGUCUCAGUCCAUUAAAAACAAAUCGGCAAAAAUUUAAUACAUUUCAAGUUGGGAUAUGCUUUAGGCAUACAUAUAUGUGCGUUCGUUCACCUUAUGACACAAAAUCCUGUAAAUAUAUAAUAUUAACUGUGUAUUUUAUUAACUGCUCAAAAGUUAAAAAAUCUUAGAAAUUAUUCGUAGCGGAGAAUAUUAAAAAUUAUCAUCAGAUGACAGGACUUGACGUGAGGUUCCCUGUUUAUUGUUAUUGGUCAGGAAAUUGACACUUUAGCUGUCAAAUAGAAGUAACGAUGGCAUUGACAUUGACAACAAAAUCUGGUAGAAAAAAAUCCCCACAUUAAAUCAUAAAUAUUCUCGAAUAUUGUAUAACUUAAUAAUUGAAUCAAUUAAACUUGUAUUAACAUAGAUUGUAUCUUUAGCUUCAUGUAUAAAGAGUAUCAUAGAUAAAUUAUUUAUUGAACACAGGGUCCGUAUGUGUUCAAAUGACAACUAAAUAUUAUAAAGAAGGCUCAAAUUAUAUAAUUAUAUGAAAAUAUAUUGAAAACGAGUAGGGGACGACUGUUGUGAUAAAACAUAGAUGUAAUAUAUUAUUAUGUAAGUUUAUGUAGUAAGGAUACCGCUAGAUGCGCCUUAGAGAAGGUUCAUUCGGAAAAGUGUGAAAGUUCCGCAACGUGGUAUGUCUUUUUGUGAAAAUCUAUAAACACCUACUGAUUGUCAGAUUGAUAAACUAUUUCCGACAAUUAUCGAACUGUGAAAUGACUUUAAAUUCAAGAAUUGAUGCGCGUUUUGGAUUUCAAUUUUUCUUGAAAACGAAUAUUUUAAAAGUUAGAUUUUUUUUGUUUUAGCGAAUUAAAAUCAAAUUUGACUUAGACACUUCUAUUUCAACAAUUUCACCGACAUCGCAAAAUGUUAAUGAUCUUUCGAUUAGUUAGCGUCCAUAUAAUGUUAAAAUCGGUGUAUAUACGCACAAUAAUUGUAAGGAACGUAAUCAUUGUUAGUUGGUUUCAAAAAAGGUCCUACCUGACAAAUGGCAACUUAUUAAAAAAUGCUUUAUUGCUCAUACGAAAAAAAAAUCCCCUGCUUACAAAAAAAAACACUGCCUAAAAAUAAUGUAGAUUUUGAAGUUAUUAUAAUAUUGGCCAUAUAUAUAUUUAAAAUAUGAAAAGAGACACCAAUAUUUAAAAAGUAACAUCAACACAAGAAAUUUAGUCUUAUUAAAAAUGUUGAGCUCUUUAGGCGGUCUGUAGACUUGUGUCUAUAAAAAAAUAUUGAAAUGAGUAGCUUCAAGAUUCAUUUAACAUACAUUAUUUACAUUAAAAUACUAUUUUAAAUAUCUUUAAAGAUUAAAAUCUGUAGUUACUGGUGAACUGAAUAUUGUUAUAAUAUUGGUCCCACACUCUAAAGCCAUAUUAUAGAUGAUAUUGUUUUAGCAUAUGUUAUCGAAGUUUAGUAACUAAAAUUCUAGUCAAAGGCUAUAUUUGUUCAUAUCGAUUUGUAAAUAAUGUUAAUUAAGUUCAUAUUUUAGUACUAUUUUUAGUUUCGGAAAUUAUAUUUAUUAUAAGUUUUUUUUAUUUAUAAAAUAAGUAGUGAUUUAUAAUUUAACUAUUAUUAAACAAAAUAAUAGUAACAUUAUAUGUGUACGCAUCUAAUAUUACUAUUAUUCUGUUUAUUUUUUGUUAUAAUAAGAAUAUUUUGAAGCUGUCUGUACUUACCAAAAAUGUACCUGGUCUAUGUACAAUCAUGCAAGCAAUAUAUUAGUGGAGUAGUUAUUACAAUAACAAUAUUUUUCUACUGAACUGUUCUAUUUCUUAUGGACAAAUCCGUGAAAUUAAAAAUCAAAUUUCAACGCCUUCUUUAAAAAAUAUGUUCUUGAUGCCAAUUUUAUGUUUUUUGUGAGUUCAUAGUUUAAAAAAAGUGUGCCAAAUUAUAAUGCAAAAAUUGUUUAUGAUUUUUAUGAUUAGUUUUUAUGAUUUAAUUCAGUCGCUAAAUUUUGUGUUUUAAAUUAACACUGAAAUGCAAUAAUAGGGAAGAAAAUAUUACCUACGCAUAUUUAUAGUAUUGUUAGACGCCUACUAAAACUCGAAAGUUUAUAAAUUAUGUUUUUUUUUUUCAAUAAUAACUCUGCUUGUACUGAUAAAUAUUUUGAAUGUAAAACUAAAGUAGUGUAUCGUUUACGGUGUAGAAUCGUAAUGAGUAGACCAAUAUAUAAAAAAUAUACUAUUUUUCCCUGUAUAUACCUACAAUUUUUUUCAUAACCUUUCAAAAGUUGAGCUAAUUGUAUAAUGUUGCCAUAAUAUAUAAAUUAAUAUUUUUGGGUGAUAAUAGAGAAAUUUAUCAAUUAAUAAAAAAUAUAUAUCAAUUUAAAAUUUCCAAAGUAUAUUUUCAACAAUAAUGUUGCAGAGGAAUGUGAUUUUUAUUUAAUCUGUCUGAAUAAAUAUAAUGAUAUUUUUGUCAAACAAUAGACAAAUAAAAUGUUAUAUUGAC